AUGUAUUAUAUCAAAAGAUGCUGCUGCCUUCUGGCGUCCACAUUCCCGAGGGCCUUUUGCAGCGGAUUGUUCCUUUGGGCCACCUACGUACUGUGCAUUGAGAUUGCUUUCAAGUUAUACGGCGGAAUAAUAGGGCUGGUUCUUUGCACUGUUGGUGUAAUUCUACUAGUCAUCUCCUUGCAGGCGUACUGUUUGGUAGUUGCCUUAGGUCCUGGAUCUCCGGCUGACUUUACCGAGCUUCAUAUCUUAAACUACGUUCCUGGGAUGCAGAUCAAACCACCCCACGAACUGCUAAACAGAACAGUUACCACCAGUGGAAGUGGCAAUUUCAGGAUAUGCAAUAAGUGUGAAGUGUUCAAACCAGAUAGAAGUCACCACUGCUCUUCUUGUGGUAUAUGUAUACUCAAAAUGGACCAUCAUUGUCCUUGGUUUGCAUGUUGCAUUGGUUUCAAGAAUCACAAAUUUUUUGUUCAAUUUCUGAUCUAUACACAGAUAUAUUCCUUAUUAGCAUUGCUGGUCAGUGGGAAGGUUCUUUACGAUUUUUUUGAGACGAAGAGGUAUAAGGAUCAUUAUUUAUCUCUGAACUAUGUGUUCUUAACGGUUGUUAGUUUUGUGACUUUUCUUUCGUUAACCUUUUUCAUAGGGUUCACCCUGUACCAACUAUUUCGUAACAAAACCACGAUCGAAUCCUACGAAAGUCAAAGAUACAGAGCGAACCUUAAGGUUGCUGAUGACAGAUACUACAAGUUUAACUCCAGAAAACCAACGGAUAAAAGUUUAGGAAACGUGUUUGACUUGGGCUGGAGAGAAAAUUUCAAGCAAGUCAUGGGCAAUUCCUGGUAUGAAUGGCUGCUGCCAAUAAGGGUGGUACCUAAACGUUUGAAUGACUAUUAUCUGAACAAUGGAUUGAACUACCCAGUGAACGAGCAUGUUUACCAAAAACUUGUUCAGAACUCUGAACUUCAACAACGAUUGUAUGAAGACAUAUUAGAUUACAGGAGGAAGCAGAAGCAAGACCAGGAAGCGGAUUUGGAGAAUGAAUAUCAACAAUCCGGUACUGUCUAUGGAGUUUAG